GCAUUUGAUAGAGGAAUGGGAGGAAUGGUGUAUAUGUAGUAUAAUGUAUAUGUAUAGUGAAUAUGUAGUAAAUGUAGUAAAUGUAGUGUUAGUGCAUCUGAUGGUUGAAUAUGUCGAUUGAUUGCUAUAUAGUGUGAGUACAGUGUAUGCAAUGUAUUAACAGUUGUGAGCCAUUGGUGUUAUUGGUGUUGAUAUCUGUGUUUGUAAUCAUAUAUCCAGUGAUUGAUUCAAUUGAUUUGGUAGUCAUUUGGUUGAUGAUAGUGUAAUCUUAUGGGUGAUUGUGAUUACAGCUAUGGAUCUGCAGUUAAUGCCCAAACAUCUGUAGGUCACGACUCAUACCCGACCUCAACAAUUACAUCAAUACAGACAUCACUGGAGACGUCGACUGAAACAUCGGUCGACUCUUUGUUUUACUCAAGUAAUCACAAUUCAUCCGAGUCUGACACCAAUAGGAGUGGUGAUGGUCUCCAAUUAGAUACAUCAGCUGAUAAUACAGCCAUUAGAGUACAAAAUGAAGAGUUGCCUACAAAUAACUGUAAUGAAGAUACAACUGAUUGGUCACAAACAGAUAGUAUUGCAAUACAAGACAACACCAGUCAAAUGGAUUUAUCGAAAAUGCAAACUUUAGAUGAAGUUUCCCGAAAAUUAUCGCAAUCUAAAGCAGACACUGACACUAACGAUACAACCAUUACGGCCAUCGAUAGUCAUAUGAAAAGCACAAUCAAUGGAAGUGCAGUGACGGUCAUCAAUGGUAAUGUCUCGACAAAUGGUAUUAGUAGUGAUAGCAAUGUAAUCAAUGACUCUUCAGUGAUCUCAAGUGCAAACACAUCGGAACAACAAUUCUGGUCAACAAAUUGUGUUACAGAAAGUGAUGGUCUGUCGCAACAGACUUUCACAUCAGGCAAUGCAGUGGUCACUGCUCUAAACGGUGGCCAACAAUUUAGUCCUCAAUUUAGUCCUACAAUGAAUAGUGCAUAUAAUACAACAGUUUCCAGUGCUAUAUCUUCUCAACAAUCUAUUGCUUCAUCAGCACAAAGACGUGCCAUCACUGGCGCUCAUAAUCUGACCACAAGUUGUGCAUCAAACAGACCUCAAGCACAACCACAAACGUCUAGUCUAUUGAAAAAUUAUAAUAAUAACAGUUCAACCAAUUGGCCGACACAUACAGGACAGGCAACAGUUACCUCCUGGUGUACACCUCAAGCACAGACAUCGCCCAAUUCAGUAAACCCUUGGGGGUCUCUUAACAUUAAUUGUCAGAAACGAUCGGCGGUUGCAUCCGUGCCAAACGUAUCCCCCAUAUCACCAAUGAAGAAAUCCCCACCAGCUCUCAAUCAAACGGCACCAUCAAUGAUGAUAUCGCCAUCAAAAUAUAGACGCAGCACAUCCAUGCCAUUGGCCAAACCAUUUACUUCAGCCAAUACACCAUUUGAUUUGGCAUCUAUUGGCAGCGAUAAUACUUCUUCAUCGAGUGAAUCGGCAAAUAUAAGGGAUACCAGUGUUGGCCUUCCCUUUCAGGAGAGACAAUUAUCGAGUGGAAUGGGAUCAGCUAACAGUCCUUUAGAUACUUUACGUUUCCCUUUGGAACAACAACUCUUGGAGAUUAUUAGGACAACAUCUGAUUCUCAAGACAUGAACAAAGGAUUAUCAAAUUAUAAUCAUUCAGGAUUUCAAUCAAUGUCUCAAUUACAAGGACCCUCAUAUUCAUCUUUUGAUGACUUUUCGGGAAACAAGAAAUACUUUAGAGCAGCCAGAAAUUUUGGACGUCGCAGAGGCAAAUCUCCGUUUUUCACUGGCGUUGACUCUGAUAAUCAUAUUCUCAUGGAUUCAAAUGCAGUUCCCGGCGAUAAUGGCGAACGGUUUUCAAGAAAGGUUUUUGUAGGAGGACUUCCUCCAGAUAUUGACGAAGAGGAGAUAACGGCUAGUUUUCGUCGAUUUGGACCAUUGGUUGUUGAUUGGCCUCAUAAGGCUGAAAGCAAAUCAUAUUUUCCACCAAAAGGCUAUGCAUUCUUGCUAUUUCAAGACGAGUCAUCAGUUCAGGCACUUAUCGACGCCUGUAUUCAAGAAGACGAUAAACUAUAUCUCUGUGUCUCGAGUCCUACCAUUAAAGACAAACCGGUACAAAUCAGACCCUGGCGUCUCAGUGAUGCUGACUUUGUAUUGGAUGCCUCGAUGCCACUCGACCCUCGAAAAACCGUUUUUGUUGGGGGUGUUCCGCGUCCUCUUAAAGCUGUUGAGUUAGCUAUGAUUAUGGAUCGCCUUUAUGGAGGAGUUUGUUAUGCCGGCAUUGAUACCGAUCCCGAGCUCCGAUAUCCUAAAGGGGCGGGUAGAGUGGCUUUCUCUAACCAACAAAGCUAUAUUGCAGCCAUUAGCGCCAGAUUUGUUCAAUUGCAGCAUGGUGACAUUGAAAAACGGGUUGAAGUGAAACCAUAUGUUUUAGAUGAUCAAAUAUGUGAUGAAUGUCAAGGCGCUCGAUGUGGCGGCAAAUUUGCUCCCUUUUUCUGUGCGAAUGUUACUUGUCUUCAAUAUUAUUGUGAGCACUGUUGGGCUACAAUUCACUCCCGACCCGGCCGUGAAUUUCACAAACCUCUGGUCAAAGAAGGAGCUGACAGACCUCGAGCCGUACCGUUUCGCUGGUGUUAAGGCAAUGCAAUUUAGGAUUAAUUUAACCUCAAUUUAGUUGUUGACUGACAGUAGAGUUAAUUUGUUAUAAGUCUCUUAUAGUAGGCGACUAUAUUAUAUGCUUAACAAAUAUUUAUUGUUAUUUUUAUUUAAUUUGAAAAUUUUGAUCUCUAAAAAAAUCUUAUCGAUUUGGGACUAGUCUCUAAUCGAGCCAUUCAAUACCUGUAAUAAUCGACAAUUAAUUUAAAUAACUUAUUGAUAGCUAAUUAUUAAUGAUCAGCAAUAUUAUUGAUAGCCUAACUUAUUAUUUUUUAUCAGUAAAUAUUUUUGUAUAAAUUGUUAUCAUUUUUUGUAAUUAAUUUUUAGCAGAUUUAUAUAUUAUUUUUUUAUUCAUAUUUUUAAUUAAAUAACUUAAUAAUUAGCUUUCAAUAGGUUAUGUUAUGAGAAUAUUUUAGGAAAAAUGUUGUGAUAAAAGUUAUCAAAAGCAGGAAAAUGAAAUGUUUAUGUGAUUGUAUUGAUGUGUCGAUUAGUUUGAAUUAAUUCAAUAACAGGUAUUGAAUAUUUAAGGCUUGAAUUAUCAAUGCAUUUGCAAUUUAAGCUCCGGUCGACAGUUAUUAACAAAAAUUGUUUGUCUUUUAGAUAAUUAUCAUAUUUUUAGAUUAAUUGCACUUAUAUUAUAAAAAUGUUUCAAUUGUUUGUUUGAAUAUCGAGAUAAUUUAAUUUAAUAGAUUUGAACUCGAAAUUUGAGUGAAAAUAAUUUUUAACUAUACUAACACUUA